AUGGGUCGGAAUCUGGGAUCGGUUCAGUGGAUAGUUACACUCAAUGGAUCAGAACGUUUCAAUGCGGAUGUUUACUUCAAAACUCAUUCAACUGGCCUUACAUUAUCACAGCGGAUCUAUAUUGCGCUCUUGGACUUUGCGCCGAUUUACUACCCAAUUCUUGCUGUCGUUGCCAUCCCUGUGAACGUGGUGACGAUUAUCAUACUAUCACGGGGAAAGUGCGGACUCUCUAAAACUGUCACCCGCUAUCUGCUGGCCAUGUCAGCCGCUGACCUAGCGGUCGUUUUCCUCGACGUCAUCUUGAUGAAAAUUCCGAAGGCUUUUCCGGAUAACUUUUCCUUCUUGAUUUACGUCCGCGUGUGCAGAACCCACGUCUUCUUAUUGCAGGCCGCCACAGAUUGCUCUGUUUGGUUCACCGUCGCCUUCACCUUUGAUCGAUUUGUGGCCAUUUGCUUCCAGGAUCUAAACGCUAAGUAUUGCACUGGGAGAACGGCGGCUGUGGUUCUGAGCACAGUGACUGCACUGAGUUGUUUAAAGAACAUUUCCUGGUUCUUCAUGGUCCAAGAUAUAUAUACUUCCUCUAACAUACGGUGGCCUUGCAUGCGGAGAUGGGAAUUACUUGAAUCACUAUUUUGGACAGUAAUCGAUGUCGUACGUUCUGUCAUUUCGACUGUGAUCCCAUUCCUCGUUGUUAUCCUGCUCAAUGCUUUCACCAUCACACACGUUUUACUGGCCAGUAGAGCCCGCGGCAGACUCCGGGCUACCAGCCGUGGUCAGAGUUCCAGAGACCCGGAAUUGCAGAGCCGCAGAAAGUCCCUCGUUUUACUGCUGGUCGUCUCGGGAAAUUUCAUCCUGUUAUGGGCGUUGUAUGGGGUGAUGGCUAUCUGGAACAGGAUGCUUCAUGCAGUGGACGUCCCAUAUUGGUUGACGAUACCUUCAUUUUUCAAUGAACUGUGCUACAUGCUGCAACUUCUGAGCUGCUGCACAAACACCGCUCUUUACGCCGUCAGCCAGACUAAGUUCAGGCAGCAGCUGAAGCAGGUGCUGAAUUCUCCUCUCACUCUCAUUUGGAAACGGAAUUGGCACUGA